UUGUGUGUGUUUGUUUACGCUUCUUCAGCGAUCUUCGUUCUCUGUCACACUUUCGCUUUUUUUUGGAGUUUGCGAGAGCGGAGUAAUGAACUUGAGCGAAGAGAGCACCGCCAUGACCACCAAUAAGGAUCCCCAAGAUAAGGAGCCCGGGAAAGCAGAACAAGCGACCAGGAAUGGCGGAUCCAGCGGCGUGGGAAUCAUGAAGCGCUUGAGAAGAUCAGCUUCCGCCACAGAACAUAAUCUUAGCAGUCUGCGGAACCGCAAGUCGACACAAAAUCUAUUCGAUCAGCACGGCAAUCCCAUCGAUCUUCGACAGUAUCGUAAAGUCUUGGAUAAGGAUGAAAAUGGUAAUGGAACAAACGGAUCCGAGAAGAAGCUGAGGUACAGGAGAACACAAAGUGUGACUCGUGCCGAGGAGAUUUCCAAUAAGGAGGAGAAGCAGAGAAGAGCUCAGCCUGGCAGACCAAUCCAUCGGCCACGAGAUUCUCUGUUUUCGUGGAGCUCUGGAUUUACAAAUUUUUCUGGCCUGGUCAACUGGGGAUUUCUACUGCUCUGCAUUGGAGGUCUGCGUUUGGGUUUGGAGAAUCUGUUGAAAUAUGGAAUUCGCAUCAACCCCCUGGACUGGUUCUUCUUUAUAAGCGGCCACAACGAAGGGGAGGGCCACAACGCCUUAAUCCUGAGCAUAUACUCUUUAGUUCACAUCUCGCUCUGUUUGGCUGUGGAAAAGGGUCUAGCGAUGGAAAUAAUUGCAGAGGGCUUGGGCUUAUUCAUCCAGAUAGUCAACAUUGUUGUGUUGGUUUGCCUGCCGGUGGUAACCAUUCACCUGAAAGGACAUGCUUUUAGCUUGAUGGGCGCUUCAACAGUUUGCUUCUUUUACUCUGUGUUGUUCCUGAAACUCUGGUCCUAUGUGCAGACGAAUAUGUGGUGCCGCCAGACUUACUAUCAAAAGAAUCCGCGGGAGCGUCGACCAAGCAUAACUUUGGCAGAACUAAAAAAAGGUGUUUUGCAUGGCGGUGAAGAAGACGAGGACGUUUCAAAACUGGUGCAAUAUCCUGAUAAUCUCACGUACAAAGACCUAUUGUACUUCCUUUGUGCGCCCACACUCUGUUAUGAGUUGAAUUUUCCGCGCACUUCGCGCGUGCGCAAGCGCUUUUUGCUGAAGCGUUUAUUGGAGGUGGUGAUUGGAGUGAAUGUGGUGAUGGCUUUGUUUCAACAAUGGAUAAUUCCAUCGGUUCGGAACUCCCUGAUUCCGUUCUCCAACAUGGAUGUGGCUUUGGCCACUGAGCGACUCCUUAAACUUGCGCUACCCAAUCACCUUUGCUGGCUGUGCUUUUUCUAUCUAAUGUUCCACUCGUUUCUAAAUGCGGUGGGCGAACUGCUAAACUUUGCUGAUCGCAAUUUUUAUUGUGAUUGGUGGAAUGCGAAUAACAUUGAUACCUUCUGGCGAACAUGGAACAUGCCAGUUCAUAGAUGGUGCGUGCGUCAUCUCUACAUCCCUGUGGUCCAAAUGGGCUACUCCUCAAGACAGGCCUCUACAAUUGUCUUUCUGUUCAGUGCCGUCUUCCACGAAUAUUUGGUUUCUGUUCCUUUGCAAAUAUACAAAAUAUGGGCCUUUAUGGGAAUGAUGGGUCAGAUUCCCCUCUCGGCCAUAUCCAAGUCAAUUGAGAAGAAAUACGGUCCCCGAAUGGGCAAUAUAAUCGUGUGGGCUUCCAUUAUUCUCGGUCAGCCUCUGUGCAUAAUGGCCUAUUAUCACGAUUAUGUGGUCCAGCAUUUUAAAAACUCACUCAACGGAACCGACUACAGUAGUUAGAUUUCAAAAACCUAAAAUUUUGAAUAUGGAAUACCACUGAAAUAUCUGCAUUGGUCGGGUCCGCGUACUUUUCGUAAUUUUUAAGCCAGAAUGCAAGUUAGGAAGGAAACUUGUGAUUGCCAAAAUACAAAGGAUAUUUUGUAUGACUUUUGCACAUGCAUGUAGUACUGAUGAACACAAAUAGAUUGUUAUUGAAUGCAUUUGUUAAUGAAUUUAAGUGUCAUGUAAAUAAAAAAAAUUUUAAACU